UUUCGAUGAUGCUGAAAAAGAUGAGAACAUCAAAUCAAAAAUCUAAAUUUUGACGAGUGCUUCGAUUUCUCGAUGGCCUCAUGGGUGCUCUCUUAAGAUUUUGGUUAAUUUUGUCUGGAGUAUAAGUAGAUAACCUUUAUAAUGUUAUAUAAAGUGAAAAUAAAAUAACAUAUACGUAUGUGUGAUAAUGAUUGAAUAUAAUAAUUACACAUACAAAUUAAGUUUUUUUUUUCUCCAAUAUUUAAAAGAAAAAUUUCGUUUAAAAAAUCGAAAGAAUAAUUUUGAUCAUAGACAGACAAGUCAAUGUACUUUAUUGAACAACAUUAAAUAAAUAAAAUUUUGAAGUUUUGCAAAUUAAUUUGUUGAGAUUUCUCUAGAAUAUUUCGUAAAUAUUUGUGUUUUUCCUUUUUUUUAAUAAUAAAUAAUUUGACUAAUCAAUGAUUUAAAUAAUUUAUUAAAAAUAAAUAUGAUUACUUAUUUUUAGGCUCGUAGUCCUGUAUUUGCUGCAAUGUUUUCUCAUUCAAUGUUAGAAGAUCAAAAUUCUACAAUUGAAAUAACAGAUUUACAAGCUGAAACAGUUCGUUGUUUACUUGAAUAUAUUUAUACAUCGAAUGUUGAAGAAAUAAAUGAACAUAAUGCAAUAGAAAUUUUUAAAGCUGCCGAUAAAUAUGAAUUAGAAUUUUUAAAACAAAAAGCUGAAUUAAUAAUGAUUAAUUCUUUAUCAAUAUCAAAUUGUACAAUGCUUUUUAUUGUUGCUGAUUUACAUAAUGCAAUUGAAUUAAAAAAACGUAUUUUAAAUUUUAUAAUGCGUAAUAUAAUUGAAAUAAUUGAAACAGAUGAUUGGCGUUUAUUAGUUGAACAACAUCCAGUAUUAGCAACUGAAGCAUUUGUUUAUUCAGCUGAACAUGCUGCAUCAUGCGCUUGUUCUUUGUAA